AUGGAGAACCCUGAUUGGCGGGCCGCGGGGGUGAAAAAGGGCGUUAUGAACGACCGCUUUCGAGGUGGUGAUUUUGCGGGUUGCGGGUUGGUGCUGUUCCCGCUGGGGACCGACUUCUGCUGCUGCCCGCGCGGCUCAGGCCGUAAGGCUGCGGGUCCAUCACGUGAGACUUGGCGGCCGGAUGUCGCUCCCUCGCCAGUAUACAAUUUUCAAUAUUCGAAACAACUCUACUCUCUACUCUCUACAUCGGUGGCAGCUUUCGUCUCUCGCAAUCUAAUCAAUUGUAUUGUGUACCAUUGCAUAAUCUGGAUAGCAGCUACACGCGCUUCACGGACCCUCCCUGGAGCACAGCAAUUCGAAUAA